AUGCCGAGCUCUCAGUACACAGCGUCGAUUGCAGCUGCGCUUUUCUUGUCCUUCGUGGUUUGGCUAGUUUCCUUCUCCCUGAAAUGGCGCCGACAUCGUGCGAAGUAUCGACAUCUACCGUGCCCACCGCACGACUUUUGGUGGGGUCAUCUGAAGAUCAUCGGCAUGGCGAAAAGGGAGAUGCCGCCUGGAUUCCAUUAUCAUGCAUUGAUGUACUAUAUCGGUGAAAAGUACAAGAUGCCACCGGUAUUCUACCUGGACUUGUGGCCGAUCAGCAACCCGUUGAUGCUUGUCCAUGAUCCUGAUGUGGCCCACCAAAUCACCCAAGCCAGGAGCCUUCCCAAGCAUCCCGUCAAUUCCAAGGUCUUGGGACCUUUGGUUGGCUCACAUUCAGUCGUGACUGCGGAAGGGCAAGAAUGGAAAAUGCUUCGGUCAAUCCUCAAUCCAGGCUUCUCAGCCCAGUAUCUUUCGACGUUGGUUUCUCUUCUCGUCCGACAUGGCCUCGUCUUCAAAGAUCGAAUAUCCGACUAUGCGUCGACCGGCGAAGUAUUCCCAAUCCAGGACACGGCCAUGGCCCUGACAAUCGACGUGAUCGGCGAGGUGGUGCUGGGAAAGAAUUUCGACUCUCAGCGUCAACCGAACGAGUUGACAAUGCACUUCAAAAAGGCGGUCUCCUGGGCAGGACCGAGCAUGGACGUCAUUUCUUGGAAUCUAAGCAGACCUUUCAAAUGGUGGCAUUGUGUGCAGCAGGACCGAAUCAUUGAGAAGAUGAUUCGCGAAAGACAUGCCGAGACGAGGGCCACGGAUUCUCACAGUACAAAAGCCGCCGUGGAUUUGUUCCUGCAGGCAUAUCGCGAGGAAAAGAUGGGAGCAUCGGGCAAGGGUGGACGCAGGACAGACGAGCUUGAUCCGGAAUUCCUGAACCUCGCACGCGACAAUGUCAAGACCCUGCUUCUAGGGGGCCACGACACAACUUCAUCCACAAUGGCCUACACUCUGGCCCUCCUCUCGGAACCCGAGAACACCCACGAACUUGCUCGCAUCCGCGCUGAACACGACGCUGUGUUCGGCCCAGACCCUACCGAAGCUGCGUCCAUGCUCCUCUCCGAUCCUCGACUGCUUAACAGCCUCCCACUCACGACCGCCGCGGUCAAGGAAUCCAUGCGCCUCUUUCCCGCAGCGAGCACCACGCGCACAACCAUGCCCAACCAUCCCGUCCAGACAGUGUCGUUCAGGGACCAACAGCUCCCACUCGCAGGCCAACAAAUCUGGGUCGCGCACUACGGCUUCGGCCAACGUGGCGACCUGUGGCCCCAACCCCGGAAAUUCAUCAUCGACCGCUUCAUGCCUAUGUCUGGCGAGACAUCACCACCUCCACCCCCAAAGGACGCAUGGCGCCCGUUCGAAAAGGGCCCGCGCGGCUGUCUCGGUCUGGAGCUGGCCAUGACGGAGCUCAGGCUAAUCCUAGUCCUACUAUGCCGCGAAUUUGACUUUGAGAUUGCCUACGCGGAAGACGCGCCGCGGGCUCCCCGAGAGCACGGCGUGCAGGGCGGAAGGGGAUAUCAGAUCAUCGAGUUCGCCGCGAAGCCCGUGGGGCAUAUGCCCGUGCGAGUUCGGCGGAGGGAGAAGAUUGUGUGA